AUGCCAGCUCCGAGACUUGGGGGCCCCGCGCCCCGCUGCCCUCGCUUCCGCGAUCUCCUCUCCUCUCAAUGCAUUUCCGCUCAUUAUCGCUGCGAAGUGAUUUCACUCCGGUUGGCAAACUCUUGCCCGAGCCGUUUCUGUUCCGAGGAAAUAGUUUUUAACAGAAGGUUUCGAGAGGGCCGCAGUGAUGAGGGGUGUUGUAGCAUCUUUGACCUCCCGAUUUCGAUCCCGGUUCAAGUGACUAAAUUGCAGCAACAUCUGGAAACUCAGCGUUUGCUGGCAGAACCAGUUCCUGGCAUUAAAGCAGAACCAGAUGAGAGCAACGCCCGUUAUUUUCAUGUGGUCAUUGCUGGCCCCCAGGAUUCCCCCUUUGAGGGAGGGACUUUUAAACUUGAACUAUUUCUUCCAGAAGAAUACCCAAUGGCAGCACCUAAAGUACGUUUCAUGACCAAAAUUUAUCAUCCUAAUGUAGACAAGUUGGGAAGAAUAUGUUUAGAUAUUUUGAAAGAUAAGUGGUCCCCAGCACUGCAGAUCCGCACAGUUCUGCUCUCGAUCCAGGCUUUGUUAAGUGCUCCUAAUCCAGAUGAUCCGUUAGCGAACGAUGUAGCGGAGCAGUGGAAGACCAAUGAAGCCCAAGCCAUAGAAACAGCUAGAGCAUGGACUAGGCUAUACGCCAUGAAUAACAUUUAGGUCGAUCCGACCGUCAAGUUUGUGUCACUUCUCCUGUUCUGCCAAGACGUCUCCCUUUUUCGUUUGCAUUUAAUGGACACAGUCUUAGAAACAUGACAGAAUAAAAGCCCAGACAUUUUCAGUCCUUGGUGAUUAAAUGCACAUUAGAAAAUCCGUGUCUUGUCCUGAGUCACUGUUGUAAAGCAUGAGCAGAGGCUAGAAGUAUCACCUGGAUUGUUGUGAAACAUUUAAAAGCAGUGGCCCUCUGCUUUUAUGCAUUUUCCCCAUCAUGGUUUAAGUAUAAAGCACUGUGAAUGAAGGUAGUUGUCAGGGUUAGCUGCAGGGUAUAGGUGUUCUUUAUUUUAUUUUCUGAGGGGAAAAGAAGUAUCAAAAAAUUAUGGGCUCCUUUUCCCCCCUUUUAUGGUAAUCUAAUUGCAUUGUUUAAAAAGCAGCUAACCAGUUCUCUAGAAUAUGCUCUCUAGCCAAGUCUAACUUUAUUUAGACGCUAUAGAUGGACAAGCUGAUUGUUUGAACCAAAAUGGGAACAUUAACAAACAUCACCGCCCUCACUAAUAACAUCGUGACCUUGCUGUCAAGUGUAGAUUCCCCCCCUUCAAAAAAAGCUUGUGACCAUUUUGUAUGGCUUGUCUGGAAACUUCUGUAAAUCUUAUGUUUUAGUAAAAUAUUUUUUGUUAUUCUACUUUGCCUUUGUACAGUUUAUUUUACUGUGUUUAUUUCAUUUUCCCAAUGUGACAAUCGUAUUUAAAAAUUAAAACUGAUGGAACAUUCUGUUUUGGUCUUCACCAUCAGACAAAUAGAAUGGCAACAGAUGGAUUUGCCAAUUUCUUUUCACAGGUGCAGAUUUGUGUUGAUAUUAUUACUGAAUGGAGUAUUUAUAAAUAGGCCCUGAGCAUGCAUAAAGCAUCAAUAUCUGACCUUUUUUUAACCAUUUAGAAAUUUGAAAUAAAUAUUUUGUGUCAUAUGGUUUAGGUGAUUAUCGGUGUCUUGCCACAGUGUUUGAAAAUCACUGUACAGGAGAGUUGCAGCAAAGAAAGCAGUUGUGACUGACAUCUAGGACUUUCACAUAUUUUGCGCCACUUUCUUAUUUUCUGUUUGUCUCCAAUUUGGGUUAUGACCUUUUUUCUUGGUUCUUGUCUGAAAGCUUCAUGUAUUAACCAUUGGUGUGUGAUUAGGAAUUACCAAUCUGAUGAUCAUUUGGGGUGUGUGGAGAUAUUUGUCAAGUUUUCCUUACAGAACUAAGAGGAAAUCUCAAGCAGCUUGCAUAAGUGUCAUCAGAAAGAUUUCUUCCUGCAAGAGCAUCAGACUUUGUGUUAAUGAGUCUUGCAUCCAUCCUUUCUAGUAUGCUGUGGGAACUUUUAAUUUGGUUUUAGUACAUUUUCAUUGGUAAAAGUUUCUUCCCUUUCCCACCUCCACAUCUAACUCCCAAUUUUUGUUAUUUUUAAGUCUUAUGUAGCCAGUCAUAAAUAUGUAAAUGUUAACCUGUGGGUUGGAAUCCUUGAUUCUUGGCAGUUUAAGGUAAUGGAUAUUGUAGCCCGUCUGGAUUUUCUUUACUCAUUCUCCUCUAACUUCUGGAGUUUCUUCAGAAUGUGGUGUAUUUUAUUGUGCUUCUAUGUAAGAUGAAGAAUUAUCUAUUAAAAUUACAUUUUCAACACACGCAAGUUUCUGGUGACUGGUAACUGGUAUCCUUCCAAAUAUAAAUAUAUUGCUUAGUAACAAAUGUUAACUUCAGAAUAAAAUUGUUGAUAAGUAAUAACCAUAUAUUUACAGCAGUUGUCAGCAAUUCUUUGGCACGGGGCAUCUUUGACUACAGCUAAGGAAAUAAUCUCAUUCUAAAGAAUGAGCACAGGACUUCAAGUAAUUAAGUCCGUAGAGAUCAGUGUUGUGUACUGCUCACGGUGAUAGCUAAUAUCACAGUGACUUCUGAAGUUCUGUAUUUAAAUCUGUUGUACCUCUUAAAUCUGUCUAAAGUAGGAUUCUGCUAUUGUGAGCCUGCAAGUUACAGAAGUACAGAAAUGGAAUAAGUCACUGUUUUUUCAUGACAUUCUCAUUUUACGGCAUCCGCAGUUUCCCUUGUGUAGCUUUGGUAAGAGCCUGCUGUUGUGAGGAGAUCUGCCUUCCGAACAAGUGGGGUGAGGCAGGAGCUCUGUGUGGCUGAGGGGCUUCGUGAGAUCUGGGAGAGGCCAAGGCCAGUGCUGAAGACUGACAGUGACAUCUGACUUAUGGGCCUUCUUUCCUUGGCCUACACUGAGCGGUUGGUUAAACAUUCUCAUUGUGAUGCCAGCAUUUUUUAACCUCCAGAGAGUGCCAUGAAAAGCCAGAGAUUUCUUUUGAAUGGCCUGGUGCCUGGCAGGUCAGUUACCCUAGGAAGAUUCUCACCUGUCACUGUCCUCUCUACCCAGCUCUUCUCUGGUUGGCUGGAGUCCCUUCCAGCUUGUCAGCUCCUUUCUGUAGUCCUACUCCAUGUAAACUAAAGGGAACAAUUUAUUUGACAAAAAUCAAGCGAUCCCAUAGUCUAACUCCAUUUGUUCCAAAAUCAUGUAUGAGCACCUAAAAGUUCAAGAAGUGAACCUAUUUUUCCCAUAAGAAAUAAUGGGAAAUAAAAUAAUUGGCUUCAUAGGCCCAGGAAUUACACUUAUAAAUUUAGUUUUCUGGGGCUUUAACAAAUUUCACAGUGAUUUCUUAGUUCUCUGGUAGUCCCAUAGUUUUCCUUUUAGCUUUACUGGUGGUAUCACUUUCUUUGGAGCCAUGGUUAUCAUUUUUUAUGCAAAUAAAGUGCAACACACAAAGCACAGUGACACGUUUUAAGGUACUGACACAAGCACCGUAUGUUGUCUGGGCAAGAGCGGCACAUGACUCAGAUCUUGGCCUGUACAGGCUUUUUCAUGUCCGAAUUUUGGUUUGACUAUCAAGCAAAGUUAUGAGCACCAAGUAGAUUUUUUUUAAAAAACCAUACUCUUCAAGUAGUGGAAAAUUGGAAGGUGGAGGUGUUAGGCAACUGAGGUGUCAUGUGGUUAGUACUUGCCUACCCCUGGUUGAGGGGGUGAGGGCAGAGGUGGCAUGGGGCUGACCCUCGAGGACCUUACAGUUGAGGGAGGGGACACAGACUGUUGCAGCUUUGUCAUGGAGAAGGGAACUAAGUACAAGACUACUCCUUGGGACCCAUACGUAUAUCUCAGGUAGGGAGAGCAGCAAGUAGAGAGCCUUGGGCGAGGAGAAUGAACCUGAGCUCUUGAAAAUGUGUGCUGCACAUUUGGGAUCGAUUUGAGUUUUGUUGUCUACUUUGCUGUCAUUUGUUUUCACUCCGACAGUUCUCCUUGGUCCUCAGAGUCUACCUAGUAUGACCUUAGACCCAGUGUAUAUAGGACUUCAACCUUACUCUAGACCAGCAGUGUACUUUCAAAAUAAAUUUCAGAAGUGUUUAAGAUUAAAUACAUAUCAGUAUAUAAGAGCUACAGGUGCUGUGCUUUAGCACUUUUUAAAAGGGAAGAGGGAAGAUCUGGUGUCUUAUCCACUAUAAACAGCCAAGUAGAACCAAACGGAGUUACAGGAACACUAGGAAUUGGCUAUAUUCUUCCAUUUGAUGGUUUAGGAAUGUAUUCUGGCUACUCUAGCCACGGCAGUUUUUGUGACUGUAAUCCUAAAGGUUUAGAAAUAUUUUACCUAGAAAAGUUGUCCAGAAAAUAAAUAAAGAGCACACAAUUCACCCGUCUGCCUAAGAACAAUGUAAUAUUUCUUUGAAUAAUGUAUUUUGGGGGCUGGAAACAUCAUUUAAUUUAGCUGUUUAGCAUGCUGCCUAUCUUAUGGAGUUAUAUCAGGGUUUAUAUUUUAAAUGACAGUACAAAGCAAAACAUGAAUGUAAUUUGAAAAAUAAAAAUCUGUAAUACACCAAU